AAUGUAUUGGCAAUUGGAGAAACCAUAUGAUAGUUUUAGAAUGUCAAUACUUAGACUUAUUAUUAUUUUGUAAAACAAACUCUUCGCGUGUGAUAUUUUACAGAGAAAUAUUUUGCACACAUUCCUCCUUCUGCAGUUCUUAAAAUGGUUCUUGAACUAGGGAUGCCCGCUCCAGCCUUCGAAGGACACGCCGUCGUAAAUGGACAAUUCAAGAAAAUCAGGCUGGCUGACUACAGGGGUAAAUACUUGGUUUUCUUCUUCUACCCUCUUGACUUCACUUUCGUCUGCCCGACAGAGAUCGUGGAAUUCUCCGAUUCCUACCAGGACUUUCAAAAGAUCAAUUGUGAGGUAGUCGCAGCGUCGACUGACAGCCAGUACUGUCACUUGGCUUGGGUCAACACACCUAAGAUUGAGGGGGGCCUGGGAGACAUCAAGAUACCCCUGCUGGCGGACAAGACUGCCAAAGUCGCCAGAGCGUACGGAGUUUACAACGAAGACACUGGUAUACCGUACAGAGGAUUAUUUAUCAUUGACGGCAAUCAGAUUUUGCGUCAAAUUACUAUCAAUGACUUAUCAGUUGGACGUUCUGUUGACGAGACCCUUCGCCUUGUUCAAGCUUUUCAGUUCACCGACAAGUACGGCGAAGUUUGCCCCGCCAACUGGAAGCCUGGGGACAAAACCAUGAAACCCAAUCCUGCCGGAGUAAAAGACUAUUUCAAGUCUUCGGCUUAAGUUAAACGUGUGAUCAAGAAACAUUGUAUUUAUUAUCGAAUCACAUCAACAAUCAAUUAUUAUAAUUAUGCGUUUCAUUGUACUUUUUUUGUGAUACCCAUAGAGAGCACUUUUCCUCAUUAUAAUUUGUUUGCAUUCAGCAUCAGGACUGCACGCAUUACGAGCUCGAAUUUUAAUCACGUAACGCUACUUCAACACUCCGCCAUUUUAGUGUGCUUCUACCGCCAUAGAUAUUGAACUGAGGAGCCGGACACAAUACAAAUGUGAGUUCUUCCAGUAUGCCAGGACGGAAGGGACUGGACACUACACAAGUGUUAACAUUUGAUACGUUAUGUAGUCUUGUAAAGAUAAUACAAAAUUAAACGUACUGUUGCAGCUCUAAAA